AUAAUCAAUAUUGGAAAGUGAAGAAUUUAUAUCAGAUUAAGUGCGUUUUUAAUUUCUGUUUAUAUUAAUACAUAAUAUCACUAGCGUGACACGGCAUUUUUUUUAAAUGUCUCAUUUAAACAUACACAAAGCGUCCUGAUAAAAUUUCAAAAAACCGCCACCAUGAGCAGGUCGGUCGAUUUUGCUUUGACACUUUGUUAACGCUCGGGGCGAAUAGUAUCAUGGUAUCAGUCGUAUCAGUUUUUUUAGGAACCAGCUGUACUUCGCAAGUGUGUGAAAUAAUCGUGAUCCCUUUGACUCGGGUCAUUUACCGACAACAUUUGGAAGACGAACGAGUGACAAAUAUGAAAUAAUUGUGCGAGUAACCCACUCAGACGACAUGGCAAGUACCAUAGAAAAAAGUGUUGUCUGGCAAGUACGAGAAUACGCCAAGUACACGAGUCGUUUGAGUCUGGCUCAAAUACAAUAAACUGACAGAAUAUCAUCUAUGUUUGCCUCCCGGCUGCCAUAUUGAUUUAGUUUUGACAGCAUGUUCGAAUGCCCUACCCUGUGAUUGCGAUUUUUUUGAGGUUAAUUUGUUUAUACAGAUUUUACAGAUGUGUUUAGUGUAUUUUUAAUAUAAUUUAAUACUGAAAUAUAUCAAAUCAUGUUUAAUCAAAGUGCAGUAAAACAGGAAGUUGGCGAGACGACGUGCAAAAGAGAAAUGGAUAAUGAAGUUCUAGAGGAUACCUGUAAAAUUGAAGUUAAGGAGGAACCUAUCAGGGAAAGUGCAAAUGAUGCAUUGUAUUAUUUAGACGUUAAGAAAUGUCCUAUAAAAGCUGAAAUCAAACAAGAUGAUGGUCUGUCUUGUAAAGAUAUGAAAACUGAUGCUAGUGGCCUAUUAACAAAUCAUGAUAGAAGUGACAGUAAUUUGAACCAAUAUAUAUCUUCCACUACCAAUGUGAACAAUGGAGGACGUUUUAUAUGUAUCCUUUGCAAGAAACCAUUGUCAAGCAGUUAUAGUUUAAAACUACAUAUGAGGAUACACACUGGGGAUAAACCUUUUGCAUGUAAAAUCUGCACCAAACAGUUUUCAAGAAAGGAUUAUUUAAAAAUUCAUAUGACAGUGCAUACUGGUGAAAAACCAUUUAAAUGUGAAAUCUGCACCAAAGAGUUUUCAACGACAGGAAAUUUAAAAUUGCAUAUGAGACUGCAUACUGGUGAAAAGCCAUUUCGUUGUGAAAUUUGCACCAAACAGUUUUCAAUGAAACAUGUUUUACAGUCUCAUAUGACAGUGCAUCCUGGUGAAAAAUCAUUUACUUGUGAAAUCUGCACCAAACAGUUUUCAACGAAACCACUUUUAAAAUCGCAUAUAAGAGUGCAUACUGGUGAAAAACCAUUUGGAUGUGAAAUUUGCUCCAAACAGUUUUCAAGAAAGGGUCUGUCUUGUAAAGAUAUGAAAACUGAUAGCCGAUUAACAAAUCAUGAUGGAAGUGAAAGUAAUUUGAACCAGUAUAUAACUUCCACUACCAAUGUGAACACUAGAGGACAACGUUUUACAUGCAUCAUUUGCAAGAAGCCAUUGUCAAACAUUUAUAGUUUAGAACUACAUAUGAGGAUACACACUGAUAAAAAACCAUUUGAAUGUGAAGUUUGCACCAAACAGUUUUCAAGGAAACAAUAUUUAAAAAAGCAUAUGAGAGUGCAUACUGGUGAGAAACCAUUUACAUGUGAAAUCUGCACCAAAGAGUAUUCAACAAAACAAAUUUUAAAAUUUCAUAUGAGAGUGCAUACUGGUGAAAAACCAUUUGAAUGUGAAAUUUGCACCAAACAGUUUUCAACAAAACAACUUUUAAAAUUUCAUAUGAGAGUGCAUACUGGUGAAAAACCAUUUGAAUGUGAAAUUUGCUCAAAAGAGUUUUCAGCAAAACAAGUUUUAAAAUUUCAUAUGGGAGUGCAUACUGGUGAAAAACCAUUUGAAUGUAAAAUUUGCAGCAAACCGUUUUCAAGUAAACAUCUUUUACAAUCGCAUAUGACAGUGCAUACUCGUGAAAAACCAUUUAAGUGUGAAAUUUGCACCAAACAGUUUUCAAGGAAACAAGGUUUAAAACGGCAUAUGACAGUGCAUCCUGGAGAAAAAUCAUUUACAUGUGAAAUCUGCACCAAACAGUUUUCAACGAAACCACUUUUAAAAUCGCAUAUAAGAGUGCAUACUGGUGAAAAACCAUUUGAAUGUGAAAUUUGCACCAAACAGUUUUCAACAAAACAAGUUUUAAAAUUUCACAUGAGAGUGCAUACUGGUGAAAAACCGUUUGAAUGUGAUAUUUGUAGCAAACAGUUUUCAACGAAACAUAUUUUACAAUCGCAUAUGACAGUGCAUCUUGGUGAAAAACCAUUUGAAUGUGAAAUUUGCACCAAACAGUUUUCAACAAAACAAGUUUUAAAAUUUCAUAUGAGAGUGCAUACUGGUGAAAAACCAUUUGAAUGUAAAAUUUGCAGCAAACCGUUUUCAAGGAAACAAUUUUUACAAUCGCAUAUGACAGUGCAUACUAGUGAAAAACCAUUUAAGUGUGAAAUUUGCACCAAACAGUUUUCAAGGAAACAUGAUUUAAAAAGGCAUAUGACAGUGCAUCCUGGUGAAAAAUCAUUUACGUGUGAACUCUGCGCCAAACAGUUUUCAACGACACCACUUUUAAAAUCACAUAUAAGAGUGCAUACUAGUGAAAAAACUAUUUGAAUGUGAAAUUUGCACAAAACAAUAGUUAGCAAAGCAUAAUUUAAAAUCGCAUAUGAAAGUGCAUACUGGGGAAAAACCUUUCACAUGUAAAAUAUGGUCCAGAAAGUUUUCAUAUCACUGUAAUUUAAAAAAGCACA